ACUGGUUUCUUUACUAAGUGGCACAUCCCUUCACCCACAUUUUCUCUGAUUCAUCGACUUCUCCGAUUCACUUCUCUGUCUGCAUCAAACUUCGUUGGACUGCUCGUUAUCUUCUCUGUUUGCUAGUUCUUCAUCGUUACAUUUAGUCUUCUCUGCAAAUCGCCGGCGCCUUCGUCUUCUCAGAUUUCAAGAGGAAGAAUGUCAGGAACGAGAAAUAUAGUGCUUCUUCCCCACAGAGUUUAAAAGGAUGCGAUUAAAGCAGGCGAUCACAUCUGCACUUACAGAGCUUAGUUUGCUUACUCUCCCCAUGGAUUUGUUAUAGUUUUUGUAUGCUCUUGGAAUUUCCCCCUUUUUCAGUUGAACUAGGAUCCAAUUCAAAGUAAUCCCCACAAGAAAGAGUGAUAAAAAAUGGGCAGAAUUACAGUUGCAUUGAUUGUAAGCUCAUGGGUCAUACCCAUUUCCAUCCUUGUCAAUACAAUUGUUCCUGAACCCUACAUGGAUGAGAUCUUUCAUGUUCCUCAAGUUCAACAAUAUUGUGUAGGCAAUUUUAAAAGUUGGGAUCCUAUGAUAACCACUCCUCCUGGAUUGUACUUCAUUUCACUUGCAUAUAUUGCUUCUUUAUUUCCUGGCAUCCUAUUUAUACAACCACUUUCAAGUUUUAUAAACUCCUGUUCAACAUCAGUUCUUCGGUCAACCAAUGGUCUUCUAGCUGUAAUUUGCAGCAUUUUGGUUCAUGAUAUAAUCAAAUCUUUAAAUCCAUCACUUGAUGACAAAAAAGCAACUCUUUAUGCAGUUAUUCUAGCCUUAUAUCCCCUUCAUUGGUUCUUCAGUUUUCUUUAUUAUACAGAUGUAGCAUCACUCACAGUAGUUCUUGCUAUGUAUUUUAUGUGUCUCAAGAAGAACUACAUCUCCAGUGCUUUGUUUGGAGCUAUUUCCAUAGUUAUAAGACAAACAAAUAUUAUUUGGAUGCUAUUUGUUGCAUGUUGUGGAAUUCUAAAUCUUAUUGAAGCUAAAAAGAAACAUGAAAAUAAUUUUUCAUCAGAGCCCCAAUUUGGUCAUUUUGCUUCAAGUAGUAGUGUUAAAGUCAACUCUAAUCUGAAAAGGAGAAGAUCUGGUAAUGCUAUUCACACUUCAAAUCAUUCCAUCCAUGGAAAAAGUCUUCAUCAGUCAACAGGUUUAUUUAGUGAGAUUUGGAGCAUAUUAUUAGCAGCUUGGAAUCUAAAGUUUGAGCUUUUUGUCUCUUUUAGCCCUUUUUUUGCGUUGUUGCUGGCUUUUGCUGCAUUUGUUGUUUGGAAUGGCAGUAUAGUUCUUGGGGCAAAAGAAGCUCAUACAGUUUCUCCACAUUUUGCUCAGUUAUUAUACUACGGUUUAGUUUCAUCUUGUUUUAUGGCUCCUAUGCACUUUACAACAACUCAAGUUACAAUUUUGGCUAACUCUUUUUGGAAGAAUAAACCUUUAAGUUUCCCACUUUGCUUUUUUGCUUCCAUAAUUACCUUUCUAUCCAUUCACUAUUUCAGUAUUGCUCACCCUUAUCUACUUGCUGAUAAUCGGCAUUAUCCCUUUUAUCUAUGGAGGAAAAUUAUAAAUUUUCAUUGGUCAACAAGAUACCUUCUGAUUCCCUUGUAUCUUUACUCAUGGACUUCUAUCUUUACUCUAUUAGCAAAAGUUGAGAAGAAAGUUUGGGUGAUGGUUUAUUUCUUGGCUUCUGCCACGUGUCUAAUUCCUACUCCAUUGAUAGAAUUUAGAUACUACACAAUACCUUUCUUUUUCUUGAUACUUCAUUGUCGUAUCACUAAUGAUAGAGUGUGGUUACUUAUGGGAUUUAUAUAUACAUCCAUCAAUGUUUUUACUAUGACAAUGUUUUUAUUUCGACCCUUUCGAUGGGAUCAUCAACAUGGUAUUCAAAGAUUCAUAUGGUAGAUCAUUGUUGAGAGUGAGAUUUGUUUUUCAUUUUUUUUGAUAAUUUUAUAUCAAGUGUUGUAACAUGGAUAUUGUAAAUAUUUUUAUUAGAAUAUUAUUCGGUUAAUGAUUUGUAGGGUUACGAUUGAUUUGUUGGUAUAUGAGAAUGUUUCAUUUCGUC